UAUAUUAAUAUAGUGCUUCAGUAAUAAGACAUUCUAUAGAUUUUUCACGAAACAGAUAAGAGAAAGGUUAUUUACUAAAUGGCUGUGCAGUCGGUCCCAGAACAGCAGAACCCGAUCUCUUCUCGUCAAUGUCACAAAGGUAACUUAUUGAUUCAGGGGAUGAAUGAAUCCAACAUUUCUUAGUAUAGCCAUCCUGAAUGACAGGAGGUUGAAAGUCAACGUGGCGAAGACUCAGGCGAUAUCCGUGGGCAGCAAUCUUCUCCCGGGCCCGCCAAGAUUGCUCGGCGAAGCUAUCGACUAUACGAUGGGAUAUCGUAUAUUCGUUUUCCUCGUAACCCGAUACGAUGCGGAGAAUGGACAUCAAUCGUCAGUCAACAAAGAUAUAACAGAUGAUGGCGGUGAUACUGAAGUCUGUCGUACAGGAUCAAUGUAUUAUUUAGAAAAUAACAAGGAAUUCAAAUCUCCUACAACUUCUCUAAGUACUUUUCUCUACUUGUACUACUACGGCUCAAUUUUGGAUACACCUCGAAAAGUUCACAGAAAAAGUGAACUCCACAAACUUUUGCGGUAG